UUAUUGCAGAAUGCAAGGGGUGCUUCCGGUGGCAACGGAAGUGAGGCGCGUAGCAGCAAUGGAGGAGAGGUUUUGUCCAGAUGAAAGUUGCCCAUAGAUGAAUUCAGGAAAAGUUCAGUUCCUGAAGACUCGAGGUAAUCCAGAAAUGCUCAACUAUGCACCCAGGCGAUAUCCCAGGGAAUCUUAUGAAGAAAAUUCACAGUAUGAUGAGCUGGCCUAUGAUGACUAUGAAUCUCCGUCUCACAGGCCGGAGAGAUGGAGAAAUGUGUCCAAUCAGGCCGAAAACAAAAGAAGAUAUUAUGAUGAUGCUGCCUACUCUACUUCAGCCAGAGAUGAUUUCUUGGAUCAUGAUGACAGAGAUGAUUGCCAUUCACAGUACAACGAAUUAAGGAAUCCCACUGAACCUGGUGGGGACCCAGGAUUAUUUGGAAGGCAAGCAAAUACAGGUGACGGCAACGCCAGGAGAGGAUCUGGGAUCUACCGGAGAUCAGUGAGCCCUGGUGAGCCCAGAGAUCGACCAGAAUUAUACAGAAGCCCAAAUAAUUGGCAGUCUCAGAGUUCAGUUGAUGACUCGAGAGAUUACCAAUUCUACAGGAGAUCCCAAAGUCCUGAUGGCAGAGAUGGUCGUGGGUCAUACAAUAGAUCCCAACAUCCCGUUGAUAAGUCGGGGCAUUCAGAAUCACACAUGCGUUCCUGGAGCCCUGGCCAUGAGACUGGGGAUCAGGGAUCAAGCCCUCCACCAAGAAAUCCUGUAAAGGGACCUGAUGCAGAGUUAUACAAGUUAUUGAGUAAUGUUAUUGAUAAUGCUCGACGUAUGGCAGCAAAUAAAAAUGACCCCCCUCACACAUCCUGGAGCAACCCAUCAAGGGACUCCUCUGCGUACCAGACCGAUACACCUACAUCUGGGUUCCAUGAGGAUUAUAAACCUCACUUAAACCUGCAAAGCUAUAGUCACAAAAGCACAGAUGUUUCCAAAAGAGGUCGUUCUUUACAUGGUCCUCCAAAAAGUACAAGAGCGCCUUUGCUUAAGCGUCCAAAACUUCCAGCGCGACGUGGUCUUCUAGGGAGAGCACCUGGCCUUCUUGGCAACGCACCCGGUCUUCUAGGGAUAGCACCUGGCCUUCUAGGGAUAGCUCCCGGGCUCUUGGGAGUGGCCCCUGGCAUUCCGGGAACAGCCCCUACCUUCCUAGGGUCAUCCCCUGGUCUUCUAGGGAGCGCCCCUGCUGGUUUAGCAGGGUCUACUGCGCCCAACAUGCCAAUGGCCAGAAACAGAAACGUGUCCCCAGAUUCUUCUCAUUUGCAGUCACAGGGAAAUAUCUCAUCUGCUGCAAGUAAUCAAAUGGGGACGGGGCAGCAAUUAAUAAAAUGGGCUGGUUUUCUAAAUGUUGCUGCUGACCAUUCCACGAAAAAGUUUGAUUCCAACACAGAUACCUACUCUAAGGUAACCUCAGCUUUCCGCUGCUUGAUGUCAGACCAGCAUCAGGAUAUCUGUCAGUCAACAUCAGUAGCCCAUGAGGGCCUCACAUGCCCUGUGAUAGAUAACUCUUUUGUGUCUCUGCUGAGAAGAAAGGAUAUCAUUACAUGUGGGGAAGAGCUGGAUGAUCUUGUACACCACGAAGAUCCUCUUUUGCAAGAGAUUCAGAACAGACUGCUGGAAUGUGUCGGCCCACUCACUGUAGCAGGCAUUAACCACGAGUUAAGCUCCAAGGUGAAAAGCGCACAGACCCCUAAUGAACUUGUCAGCGUUUUAGAGCAGGUGAUCAUAGCUUGCCGCCAGUCAAUGGUAUUUAUUGGGCAAACCUUUGCGUUUGUCAGCCAAGAAAGAAGGAAGAAUCUCUUGAACAAGACCGGACUAGUAUCAGUAGCUCCAAGGUACAACUAUUUCACGAACCUGCAAAACAAUGAGCUGUUUGGGAACAAAUACAUAAAUGAGCUGAGGAACCGAGUGAAGCAUGUCUGCCUCCCUCCUGUCCAUAGCCAGGUAUCCAGUUCCAAUAAGUUCACGGUCACAGAGGAACAAUCAACAAACGAUGCGGCAAUCAAGCCUUCAAAAAUUUCUCCAUCGGCAGAUGCCAAACCUGCCACUCAGCCAGAUACAGGUUCUUUGGCAUCCGAAGACAGCAGUAAAUGGAAGACGGAUAAAGGUCCAGCAUCUGCUGAAGGCAAUGACAAGAGUGUGGCAGAGGAUGAGACAUCAGCAGAUGGAGAAAGCAUCUGUCCCCCAGAAGACCCACAGGUCAAGAAUGUCAUUGAUAAACUGGCAAUAUUUGUCGCUGAGAAGGGUGAGGCAGCAGAGAGAGCCGUCAUCCAGUAUAAGAAAGAGGACCCCAAUUAUAGGUUUUUGCAAGAUGCAGACAGCAACGAGUUCAAAUAUUACAAGCAGAAAUUGGCACAGCUUUGUCGCGAAAAUAUUUCCGAGUCAAACCAGGCUGAGUCAGAGUGCAAAACCUCAUUGGAGGGAAUGGAUAACAUACCAGAGGAGUUCCUUGUGCAGGUUGAGACUGCAACGUCCUGUCCAAAUGCAGAUAAAGAUGAAUCUCUCAGUGACAUCAAGACAAGAACCAUUGCGGAGAAACUUGCCAAGUUUGUGGCUGAAUGUGGUCCAGAGCUGGAAGAGAUUGCCAUUGAAAAUAACCGGGAUAAUCCCACAUUCUGGUUUCUCUAUGAGGAGAACUGUCCCUAUUUCAAAUAUUAUAAAGAGAAGGUGAAGGAGUACAGCACAGCGGCAGAGAAAUCGGAAUCCUCUGUGGAUCCAGCAUCAGAGGCGGGAUCCUCCGGCCAGUCCGCCCUGCGGGCUAGAAAGAGGAAGGGACUAACGUUGAAAGUGGGCAUGCUGCCACCCAAAAAAGUGCGGCAAACAGCUACCCCAUCACCAGUUCGAGAGCUGAAGCGAAUCGGUUAUGACAAACCAACAUACAAACCGAAGAAAAAGCUGAAAUCUGAGGAUAUAAAUUACACCAGAAACAAACUGGCAACAGACAACCUUGGGUACCAGAUGCUGCAGAAGAUGGGCUGGAAGGAUGGAGAGGGACUGGGCUCAGAUAAACAGGGCAUCAGAAACCCCGUCAACAGGGGUGUGACAUCAACAGACCGGUCUGGGCUGGGAGUUGGUGGACCUGGAGACCCAGAUGAUGGGGAUAACGAAUUUGCGACUUUCCGCAAGCGGAUGAUGAUGGCGUUCAGAAGCAAACUGCUGUCCAAGUCCUAGGUUAAUGUUGGGCUAGUGAUGUUGGAGUUGCUGCAAAGUGGGGGAUGGUCUUCACAGCACAGGUUGAGAAGGCCGGAGGCCACAAGAAGUGAAGAGAUUUGAAAAUUGCAGAAUGUUUCUAAUAAAAACUAUCCAGACAAGGACUGUGCUGGAGCCAUUAUACCUGGUGACUUGCUAUACAUGGUAACCCGGUAAAUCACUAUACCCAGUAACCAGGAGACUCAUUGUGUCUGGUAACUCGCUAUACUUCGUAACCCUGGCGACUUACUGUACAAUGGGUGACCCAGAUAACUUAUGGUAACUGGGAACUCAGUGUACACGGUAACCUGGUAACUCACUGUACCUAGUAAUCUAGUAGCUCAUCAGAUAACUUACCAUGCCAGGUAACGUGGUGUGUGUGGAACUGGCUGUGCCCGGAAACCUGGUAGCAGUGUGUGUGGUACUCUGGUAAUUUAGUAGACCUGCAACCCACCAUGUGACUGCAGCAGAAUACAGUGCUCCAUUUGGAUAAUUUAAGAUAUCCGAUAAUGUGUCUGGAUCCAUAUAUUGUUGGUGUUUCUGGUUGGAUCCAGUUGUAUACAUUUGAUCCCUUUGAUGUCAGAGGAUGGACUAUUAUAGAAGAUCUAUAAUGCACUUGGUUCAUUUUCUAAUUUUUUUUAAAGUGUCUUAAAGAAUUCUCCUAUUUAGAUAUCAAUGUUUCUCAUGGUGGAUUAGGGCAGUCCCUGUUCCUAUCACCCAGUGUUAGCUUUUCUUCCCGGCAACCCACAUUGUGGUAAUAAUCCUGCCGUUCGCUGUUGCACACUUUGGCCUUAGGUAAGUAUCUGACUUGGACACGAGAAACCUUUGAGGUUAGGAGUUUGCGACGUUGCAGAUGCACAGGCUCCCGCAGUGUUAACCCAGCCGUCGCUUCCUUGUGCUCGAGGGAAGAACUUCACACCAUCGCGGGAGAAAACAAAAGGAAGCAGGUGGAAGAGAGAAACCAUCGCCCAGCAGUCGGACCAGGUUGGCCAAGAGCGUCUGCCUGCCCGAGGUUUACGCUGCACGCCCGGGAAGUUUUCACCAAACACGCGCUUGCAGUCUCGACACUAGUGGUAGCUUUCUCUGCCACGAUCUCGAUCAAACUAGGUUGGCUUCCCAGGGAACUCAUUGUCCUUCAAAUCCCACCACUCCGUCUCUAAUACCAAGUUGCCAAGGUAAAGAUUGACAGGUGCAUUAAAGCAUGAGGGAGUAGGUGGCCCUGUGUGGAUGGGGGGGGGGGGGGGGGGUUGCUGAAACCGAGAGUAACUUUGGUUGACGGGUGAGGUAGCAAGAAAUCACCGCACUAACCUGACAGAGGGACACCACCAUAAUAUUAAAUCGCCUAAAGCUUUGAGUUGCAGUAUUGUACAGAAAGUGCUUGUUCAGACUCCUGUUCCGUGCCAUUUCUUUACUUAGCUUCACCAUUGUGUUGUGUUAUUUAUCAGUAGUGCAGUUUUGUGGUGUUGCUUCACUUGACUCGAUGACCGUGCAUGUCGCACACGGAGUGGUGAUGUGACUCGCCCCUGACCUCGCCAUCCCUGCAGGUGCACCCCAGGUGGCACUUGCAAACCACCACCUUUGAUAGUGAACGAGUUGGAAAGAGUGACGGUUUCUAACAUGUGAAAUUUAUAAUCUGGAUAUACUGUACAAAAAAAAUUAAAAAGCAACUGUGCCCAAAA